UCCACGCCAAAAGUGCAUGUUGAUGAAAUUGAAAAAAGGGGACGCUGAUAUCCUUUAGAAACACCCGUCAUGUUGGUUUUACAUAAAUGUUUUGACAUUGUUCGUCCAUCCAGUUCUUCGAGGACGAUGCUGACUGUCGGCCGGUUGCUUCGGUGUUUUCACGGUCGUGCAGCACCGUCUGGACUCGACUGUCGUCCUCCAGGACCGACGACCACCACAGUCAGGUCCGGGAUUCACUCCUCACUAAACCACCGUGAUUUGCAUAUGUUGUUACCUGCUGACGGAUGUGCAGCUCGUCUUAGUAGUUCCAGAGGAUUCUCUACAUCACCGAGCACCAGAAGUGACGCUAUUGGAAAGAUCGAGGCAAAGCAUUAUCAACUCGUUUACACAUGCAAGGUUUGCUCUACCAGGUCCACAGAGAAGAUAUCCAAGCAGGCGUAUCACAAAGGUGUUGUGAUAGUGACAUGUCCCGGAUGUAAGAAUCACCAUAUCAUGGCUGAUAACCUCAACUGGUUCUCUGACCUGGAAGGGAAGAGAAACAUUGAGGAAAUCCUUGCUGCCAAAGGAGAGACUGUGAAGAGGAUUAAAGGAAGUCCUGCUUUGGAGAUAUUGGUGGAUGAAUCCAUAAAAGACAAGUCUCCACGUGGUGAAAACACAGAGAAAUCAGACAACCCAGAAAAAAUAUGAUGCUGUAUUUACACUGUAUAUUUUAAGAUGUUUAUAUUGAAUGAUAUAAUAAACGCAAAUGUUUUCC